AUGGCUAUCUUGAAUACAAGCCAAGGUGAGGUCGAGGUCCGAAUCAAAAGAUACCCGGACCACACAUGUUACGACGAAUAUAUUAAAGCCGAACGCAAAGAACUGGUCUCCGAUGUGAUACGUACGAGGUACAUCAUUGCAGAACCGGACACCUUAUACUACAUCGAAAUCACAUUGAAACCAGGCUUUGAUUUCGGUGGAUAUGACGCUAUUGAUGCUAAGUUAUAUUUUUCUGAUCCAGGUAAACAGAUUUCUAGUAUCUGUUUCUGGCAACUGAAAGGCUCAAGAAAAUUGAAGGAGAGUAUUGUCCGGAAGAUCCAGUAUGCUGAUGUAGAAGUUGAUGGAGAGAAGGUGCUUGGAGCAAGAUUCUCAUUUAGAAGUAUCGAAAUGGAUGAAACACUUUCCGACGAGACAGAUGUCAUGGGCAUUCAUCCGGAUAGUCUCGUGACAUUUUCAGUCAAGCUAUACCUAUACAAGAAACACACUGUCACACUAUCUGAUGAUGAACACAACAAGGCAGUAUUGGAGUUCCAGCAUGCUCUUGCAAUAUUUGAGCGCAAUGUGUCCGCUCUCGAGCCCCAGGACGGAGUGAUUGAUCCUGCAGUCAUUCAGCCCAACAAUCGAAAUCUCUGGGACGCCGAAAAAGUUGACAUUGAUAGUUAUAAGAAGCGUGGCAUCAACUCGGCUAUCGGGUUUUCUGGAGGAAAAAAGCAGCCGAACAUUUCAUCAAGAGGUUCUAUGUGCAAAAAUAGACGUAUGGUAGAGCCUCAACCACCAGGACGCGUUAUUACAAGUUAUACCACCGGAUCUUGCUCCGGGAUAUUUGAAUUUCAUUGCAGGGCUGCAGAAUUUCUAGAACUGGCGGGCAUCAUCAAGUAUCCUCCUCCUCUUCACUGUUAUUCAUGGGCUAUCUUGAAUGACAACGAAAGAAAGACCGCUUUAGCCGAGUUGCAAGAACUGAGCAAGAGGCAAUGGCAUGAAGAUCGAGAGAAAGAGACCGGCUUGAUACUCCCCAUGGCUGGUAGCAGGAUCAAGUCAGAGGAUGAUCCAUGGGAAUGGCGUCAUUGGGACAAGAUGUACGCUGCUGAGAAACAAAAGGCAUUUGUUAAGCUUCAGACAGAUAAAAAGGAUCGCCAGCGAGGUAUCAUCCAGCGUCAGUAUAAAAGCAUGAUGGGUAGGAUCAUUUCUCUAGAUGAAAAUGACGACAGGGGCGACAAGAAUGAGCUGAAGAAUGAGCUUGACAAUGAUGGAUCACGAAUCAAUGACAUUCCAGACGCUAAAGUAAUCAAAGACGAGAAAUCUGAUCUGGAUAAGCAGGGUAAUGCUGUUCCUCAAGCCAACGAUUACAUCCUGAACUCGGCUCCGAAGUCUGAUGGAAUCACAGCGGGCCUUUCGGACGAGGACUUAAGUAAGAAAGAAGCUGCAGUGAAGAAAUUGGAGGAAGAUAUUGCGCAUGAGGAUAGGAUUCAACAGAUGAAGCGGGAGCGAGAUAAUUUGCAGGAGAAAAUUGAUGCGGCGAGAUCUAAGAAGCGUUCCAGGAGGGAAUGA